UUUUCCUCAAACUUAGAAUCCUCUUUCAAUUUCUCUCUGGACCAAACCCUCGAAUAGUUCGAUUUCAAAAUCCAUGGCGAGACCUUCCAAGCUACACUCAUCUUCCGACGAAGCGCUCUCCAAUGCUUCGAGUUCCUCCGAUGAAGAGGAGCAAGUCAACGAGCAGAUCAACGAAGAGGAAGACGAGGAGGAGCUCGAGGCGGUGGCGCGCCCUGCCAGUUCUGCUGACGACGACGACGAAGUCGCCGGCGACAAUCCGCCGGACUCCGAUGAAGAUCCAGCCGCCGAUGACGCUGACGAUGACCAGGAUGGGGAUAAUGUUGAUCCCGAAAUUAGCAAGCGAGAGAAGGCGAGAUUAAAAGAAAUGCAGAAAAUGAAGAAACAGAAGAUUCAGGAGAUACUGGAUGUACAGAAUGCGGCCAUUGACGCUGACAUGAACAAUAGAGGGAAGGGGCGUCUGAAGUAUCUCUUGCAGCAGACUGAGCUGUUUGCUCAUUUUGCAAAAGGGGAUCAAUCUUCGUCUCAGAAGAAGUCAAGGGGAAGGGGUCGCCAUGCAUCCAAUUUCACCGAGGAAGAAGAAGAUGAAGAAUACCUAAAAGGAGAAGAAGAUGGUCUAGCAAACACACGUCUGGUGACACAACCAUCAUGUAUCCAAGGGAAAAUGAGGGAUUACCAGCUGGCUGGACUAAACUGGCUCAUACGAUUGUAUGAGAAUGGAAUAAAUGGAAUUCUGGCUGAUGAAAUGGGGCUUGGUAAAACAUUGCAAACUAUAUCCUUAUUAGGUUAUUUGCACGAGUUCCGAGGAAUCAAAGGUCCUCAUAUGGUGGUUGCUCCAAAAUCUACUCUUGGAAAUUGGAUGAAUGAGAUUCGGCGCUUUUGUCCUGUUCUUCGUGCAAUCAAGUUUCUUGGCAACCCCGAUGAAAGGAGACAUAUCAGAGAUGAAUUGUUGGUUGCCGGGAAGUUUGAUGUUUGUGUCACAAGUUUUGAAAUGGCAAUCAAGGAGAAGUCUGCUUUGCGUCGAUUUAGUUGGCGCUACAUAAUUAUUGAUGAAGCUCAUCGAAUCAAGAAUGAGAAUUCCUUGCUGUCCAAAACAAUGAGGCUCUACAGUACAAACUACCGUCUCCUUAUUACUGGCACGCCACUUCAGAAUAACCUUCAUGAACUCUGGUCUCUUCUCAACUUUCUUCUGCCCGAAAUUUUUAGUUCUGCUGAAACUUUUGAUGAAUGGUUUCAAAUCUCUGGUGAAAAUGAUCAACAGGAGGUUGUUCAACAAUUACACAAGGUCCUCCGACCAUUUCUCCUUCGAAGGUUGAAGUCAGAUGUUGAGAAAGGAUUGCCACCAAAAAAGGAAACUAUUCUUAAAGUAGGCAUGUCCCAAAUGCAGAAACAGUAUUAUAGAGCCCUACUUCAGAAGGAUCUUGAGGUUGUAAACGCUGGUGGUGAACGGAAGCGCCUCCUGAACAUAGCUAUGCAACUCCGCAAAUGUUGUAAUCAUCCAUAUCUUUUCCAAGGUGCUGAACCUGGUCCUCCCUUCACUACAGGAGAUCAUCUUAUUGAAAACGCUGGUAAAAUGGUUCUUUUGGAUAAGUUACUUCCUAAAUUGAAAGAGCGCGAUUCUAGGGUCCUUAUAUUUUCACAGAUGACUAGGCUGCUAGACAUACUCGAAGAUUAUUUAAUGUUUCGUGGAUAUCAAUAUUGUCGCAUUGAUGGAAAUACUGGUGGGGAUGAUCGAGAUGCUUCCAUUGAUGCUUUCAACAAACCAGGAAGUGAGAAAUUUGUCUUCUUGUUAUCAACUCGUGCUGGAGGUCUUGGUAUUAAUCUUGCUACUGCUGAUGUUGUCAUUCUGUACGAUAGUGACUGGAACCCACAAGUUGACUUGCAGGCUCAGGAUCGUGCUCAUAGGAUUGGUCAAAAGAAAGAAGUUCAAGUUUUCCGAUUUUGUACUGAGUAUACAAUAGAAGAGAAAGUCAUUGAAAGGGCCUACAAAAAGCUUGCACUUGAUGCUCUGGUGAUUCAGCAAGGGCGAUUGGCUGAGCAGAAGACGGUAAAUAAAGAUGAAUUGCUUCAAAUGGUUAGAUUUGGGGCUGAAAUGGUUUUCAGUUCCAAGGAUAGUACAAUUACAGAUGAAGAUAUUGAUAGAAUUAUUGCUAAAGGAGAGGAGGCAACUGCUGAGCUAGAUGCCAAGAUGAAGAAAUUUACUGAAGAUGCCAUCAAAUUUAAGAUGGAUGACACUGCCGAGUUAUAUGAUUUUGAUGAUGAGAAGGAUGAAAGCAGAUUUGAUAUAAAAAAAAUUGUGAGUGAGAACUGGAUUGAACCACCCAAAAGGGAGCGGAAGCGCAAUUACUCAGAGUCUGAAUACUUCAAGCAAACAAUGCGCCAAGGUGGUCCUACCAAACCAAAAGAGCCCCGUAUUCCUAGGAUGCCCCAGUUGCAUGAUUUCCAAUUUUUCAACACACAAAGGUUGAGUGAGCUGUAUGAAAAGGAAGUACGCUAUCUCAUGCAAACACACCAGAGGAAUCAGAUAAAGGAUUCAAUAGAUGUUGAUGAACCAGAAGAGGUGGGAGAUCCAUUGACAGCUGAAGAGUUGGAAGAAAAGGAGCGCUUGCUAGAAGAGGGAUUUUCUUCAUGGAGCCGGAGGGAUUUUAAUACUUUCAUUAGGGCCUGCGAAAAAUAUGGCCGAAAUGAUAUACAAAGUAUUGCUUCUGAGAUGGAAGGAAAAACCGAGGAGGAAGUUGAAAGAUAUGCAAAGGUCUUUAAAGAAAGAUACAAGGAAUUAAAUGAUUAUGACAGAAUUAUUAAAAACAUUGAAAGGGGGGAGGCAAGAAUUUCUCGGAAAGAUGAGAUCAUGAAAGCUAUUGGAAAGAAGUUGGACCGCUACAAGAAUCCGUGGCUAGAGUUGAAGAUACAGUAUGGGCAAAACAAAGGGAAGUUGUACAAUGAAGAAUGUGACAGAUUCAUGAUAUGCAUGGUGCACAAACUUGGCUAUGGGAACUGGGAUGAGUUAAAGGCAGCAUUUCGAACAUCACCCUUGUUUCGAUUUGAUUGGUUUGUCAAAUCUCGCACCACUCAAGAACUGGCUAGGAGGUGUGACACCCUCAUUCGACUGGUAGAAAAGGAAAACCAAGAAUAUGAUGAGAGGGAGAGACAAGCUCGCAAAGAGAAGAAACUUGCCAAAAGCAUGACCCCAUCGAAGCGUGCUUUGGCAAGACAGACAGAGAGUCCAUCUUCUUUGAAGAAGCGCAAGCAGUUAACCAUGGACGAUUAUGCAAGCACGGGGAAGAGAAGAAAAUAAUGAACAUAUGCUCUAUAUUGCGUAGGAUAAGUAAGGGGUUGUUGGGUUUUAAAGUCCUUGGUGAUUUGGAUGUGGCCCAGACUUGGCAAUUGAUGGCCAGGCUUGCCUUCCAAAAGCCGUGCUAGUUUGCUAACAACCUCUAACUUGUGUAGGCUCCAAAUAUCUGUUGUAUGGCUAGUUAGAGAAUAUCAAGUAGAAAUGGGUUGUUGUAUUGUAAGUAUGUAUAUCUACAAAACAAAUCCUUAGAUUUGAACGACUAGUUCAAUGAAAUAUAUGUAGUUCUAACUUAAUGCUAUUUUGAAGUAGACAUGCAUUAAGCUAACGUUUGGAAAUUCCGGUUGGCCAUUGAAUUCGCAAGUGGAAAGCUUCAAUUUGAUGCCAAAAUGAUGUUUUCUACUUUUAUGAAAUUAUAUGAUUAUACAAUUAAAA